GAAAGAUAAACUGAGCACAGACCAGUUUACCAAUGAUAUUGACCUAGAAGACGCAGAUUACACACCGAGUGGUGAUGAGAAUGAUGAAUCAAAUCAUCCAAAGGUAUCAAUGAAGGGAAAAGGUCAACGUACGAAGGUAGAGGCUGCUAGAAGUUCUGGGACAUCAACUGAUCAAACUUUGGUUAAGGUUAGUUCUAAAAAGGAAGCUGCAAGGGUUCUCAAGGAUCAAGGCACACGUGGCAGGAAGAAGCCUAUUUCUGAUCCAAAGGCACAAAAAAUCGCUCCAGGAUCCAUGGCCUUGUACUUUGAAAUGAGGAAAAGGCAAGAGUUGUUGAAGAAGAAAAAGAAUGAAGCACCUUUUCUAGAAGCUGAAGAUUCUUCCAGUGAGAAUGAGCUUGAAAAUGCUGAUCAUAACAACUCCAUGAGCGGUGAAGAGGAAGCAAGCAAAUCAUCACCAGUUAGGGAAGUUGAUAGUCUUGAAGAACAUGACGAUGAUGUAGACUCUUUUGACACUUCAGCGGAUAUGGAACAUGAGGUGGCUGCUGAAAAAGAUAUUGCUG